AUGUUACAACCAAAAGAGACCCUAAUCUUCGACUUUGGGUCCGAGAUUUACGUGUGGAGUGGAAGGGACGCGAGGAAGACGAAUGGAAACUACGCCAAGGAGUAUGCGAAGAAAUUGGCCAAAAACGGGUUCAGCUGCCAGGAGGCGAUGUUUGGGUGUGAGAUGCGAGUGGAGCGACCGAAUUGGACGAUUCUACGACACCUUCAUCAGGGCAUCCAAGACAUCCUCUUCUCGUCGAAAUUCUGGGACUGGCAGUCCAGCGAGCUGAAGCACAUGAUGCGAACACCGGUGGUGGUCGAUAAAUAUGCUUGCUUGACACCCCAACGGCGUGAUCCCGAAGACCAAGCGGGAGCUCUGGCUUCACGGCUACGCGCCUCCGAGCACCCAGCACCAAGUCUCAACCUUGAAAACUUCGAUUUUGAGCGCGAAACAAAGGACGUCAUCACCGAAGACAUCCGGUUUUGGAGGUUAAAAGAUGAGGAGCUAGAGGAAAUCGUUAGAUGGCAGUACCGGAUUCAGCUGUCAGGAAUUCGCCGGCUCAACAACGGCGAGGAGGUCGAGAGGGAGACGGGCAGGGAGCGACUGGCCUAUUUCUAUUGGCUCGGCCGCGAGACGACACCAAAACAGCAGGGUCUGUGCGCCCUGAAGCUGUCCUACAUGGCGCACAACAUGCCGCAUGUUCGGCAGGAACAAGGGGCCGAGCUGCCCGUUUUUCUCGAGCUGUUUUCCGGAAAUCUUGUGAUACGACAACCUGAACAGAAAGAGCUUUUCUUCGUGGUUCGCGGCAGCGCGAAGCCGGAGUGUUCGCUCGAGCAGCUGGCGCAGAUUUGGCCGCUGAGGAGUCACGCAGUGUAUUUGGAAGCCAAGGAAGGCCAACCCGCCCUUCUGCACGUCGGCGCGCAUUGUCAAGAGGUUCACGUCGCAAACGGGCUGAGAAUGGCCGAACUGUUGUCGAUGGAUGGGUUGUGCACAGAGGGCAAGCCCGCCUCACUCCUACAGGGAGACGAUCCGAGGUACGAAUGGGUGAUCGCGAAGGGCAGGACACGGGCACCAAGGCUGUUUAGACUGUACGAUGUUGAUGGCCAUGAAGUUACGUCAAAUCAGUAUCACCCCUCGGCAGUUGCCGCCUUCCCACAUGCACAGACCCAACUCCGCGACACAAUCUUGGUGGACGCCGGCGGAGCACUGUGGGUUUGGUCCGAUGGCACACCAUCGACCCAUUGUCUCGACACGGCAACCAGGUACUGGCACGGUCGCGAGGGGCGAUGCACGGUGGUGGAGAAGAACAACGAGCCGGCCGAGUUCAAGGCCCUCUUCCAGGAGUGGAAUAAUUGGCCGGAAGACGCGGAAAACACUACUCCAGGCAAGCCCACCCCGCCCAUUGGCCGAUUGUUUAUCGGAACCCGACUGCAUAAAUAUUUGAACGACGAGGACUUUGGGAAGGAAUUCGGCAUGUCUCCCAAAGACUUUGACGCGCUGCCAGCCUGGAAACAGAACCGGAUGCGGCAAGAAGCAAAGUUAUUC